GCUCAAGAUCUUUGGUCUCUACCCGGAUCCGAUGAAAAAAAUGGGAUCACUUAUUAUGGACUCGUUGAGAAUGAUUCUUAUCUAGUUCAUGGCCUAUUAAAAGUAGAAGGCGCUCUGGUGGGAUCCUCACGGACAGAAAAAGAUUGCAGUCAGAAUGAUCGAGUGACAUUGUUUCUUCGGCCCGAACUAAGGAAUCCCUUAGAUAUGAUGCAAAAUGGAUCUUGUUCUAUCCUUGAUCAUAGAUUUCUCUAUGAAAAAUACGAAUCGGAAUUGAAAGAAGGGGAAGGAGCCCUCGAUCCGCAACAGAUAGAGGAGGAUUUAUUCAAUCACAUAGUUUGGGCUCCUAGAAUAUGGAACUCCUGGUCCUGGGGCUUUCUAGUUGAUUGUAUCGAAAGGCCCAAUGAAUUGGGAUUUCCCUAUUGGGCCAGGUCAUUUCGGGGCAAGCGGAUCAUUUAUGAUAAAAAGGAUAAGCUUCAAAAGAAUGAUUCGGAGUUCUUGCAGAGUGGAACCAUGCAGUACCAGACACGAGAUAGAUCUUCCAAAGAACAGGGCUUUUUUCGAAUAAGCCAAUUCAUUUGGGACCCUGCAGAUCCACUCUUUUUCCUAUUCAAAGAUCAGCCCUUUGUUUGUUUUUCAUAUCGAGAAUCCUUUGCAGAUGAAGAGAUAUCAAAGGGGCUUCUUACUCCCCAAAGGAAUACUCCUAUAUCUCUAUUUCAACGCUGGCUUAUCACGAAUACGCAAGAAAAGCACGUUGAAUUGUUGAUUAAUCGCCAAAGAUGGCUUAGAACCAAUAGUUCAUUACCGAAUGGAUCUUUCCGUUCUAAUACUCUAUACGAGAGUUAUCAGUAUUUAUCAAAUCUGUUCCUAUCUAACGAAAGACUAUUGGAUCAAAUGAUAAAGACAUUGUUGAGAAAAAGAUGGCUUUUCCCGGAUGAAAUGAAAUUAGAUAGAGAAGAUCACUAAGAUUUCGUGAUCCGCUGCCGAACUUAUUCCAAUUCCAAGA